ACAGUUUGGACUGCAAUGUGCUUGACAAUGCAUUACUCCAAAAGCACUGUUCGCUACUACCAAGGCGAGCGACCCUCCAAUUGUGCGUAAAACUCCCAACACGUUUUAAUAUAUAAAAACCAAGGAGGAAAACGACUUUCCGUCACGCGCCUGAGGAAUUUAUCCUGGCAAUUUCUCCAUUUUAACCUUUUUGAAACUGACAACGAACGAUCCAAAAAGCGUUGGCGACACCUUUCACGAUGGAGCAAGCUCAGUCCGAGAUGAACAUCCUAUCCAACGGGAAAAGCCACAACCUCGGAGAUGACGUGGACGUGCCGAUAAAGACGUUGCUCGAGGAUGAUCAAAAUGCCACUCAGACAGUCAGAUUUGAUGAUCCUGAAGGAGCAUUGGAGAAUGAGGAAUUUUUGCCAAGUGCAGAUGGAAAGAAACCAGUCCGAUUCACAGACUUUGAAGGGAAAACCUCUUUUGGUAUGUCUGUCUUCAACCUGGGUAAUGCCAUAAUGGGAAGUGGAAUUCUGGGACUGGCUUAUGCCAUGGCCAACACUGGCAUCCUCCUCUUCUUGUUUCUUCUGACUGCAAUAGCUGCCUUGUCAUCUUAUUCCAUUCAUCUGCUACUCAAAUCCUCCGGCAUUGUGGGAAUUCGGGCUUACGAACAGCUUGGCUUCAGGGCCUUUGGCACUCCUGGAAAAAUGGCGGCCGGCAUUGCAAUCACACUGCAGAACAUUGGAGCCAUGUCCAGCUACCUGUACAUUGUGAAAUCCGAGUUACCUCUGGUCAUCCAAGCAUUCUUGAAGGCCGACCCGAGCGCAGAUCUUUGGUACUUGAAUGGCAACUACCUGGUCGUCAUGGUCUCCGCCAGUGUCAUCCUGCCCCUGGCUCUGAUGAAGCAGCUGGGUUACCUUGGUUAUACCAGUGGAUUUUCUCUCAGCUGCAUGGUGUUCUUCCUCACUGCGGUCAUCUACAAGAAGUUCCAAAUCCCGUGCCCCUUCCAGGAGUUCAACUCUCUCAACAACACCGCAGCCCAUCACAGCCUGAACGUGUCGAACCACGUCGGUGAUCACCUCUUAACUCACGAAGAGGACGACGCCCUUUGCGGGCCGCGCAUGUUCACCAUCAACUCACAAACAGCCUACACCAUCCCCAUCUUGGCUUUUGCCUUUGUUUGCCACCCAGAGGUCCUCCCCAUUUACACCGAGCUUCGCGACCCUACUAAAGAGAAGAUGCAGAAGGUGUCCAACAUCUCCAUCUUUGUCAUGUACACCAUGUACUUUCUGGCAGCUCUCUUUGGCUACCUAACCUUCUACGGAAAUGUGGAGCCAGAAUUACUUCACACUUACAGCCGCAUAGAUCCUUACGACACGUUAAUCCUGUGUGUGCGUGUGGCCGUCCUCACCGCCGUCACACUCACAGUCCCCAUUGUGCUCUUUCCCGUGCGCAGAGCCAUCCAGCAGAUGUUGUUCCCUACCAAGGCUUUCAGCUGGCUGCGUCACAUAGCCAUCGCUGUGGUUCUGCUCAUGUUUAUCAAUAUGCUGGUCAUUUUCGCUCCCAACAUUCUGGGCAUCUUCGGAAUCAUCGGUGCUACAUCUGCUCCUUGCCUUAUUUUCAUCUUCCCCGCUGUCUUCUACAUCCGCAUUGUUCCCAAAGAAAGCGAACCCUUCAACUCUCGCCCCAAGAUCCUGGCUACCUGCUUUGCCGCCUUGGGUGUCUCCUUCAUGAUAAUGAGUCUGAGUUUCAUUAUCAUCGACUGGACGACGGGGAGCAGCAAUGCCGGCGGGGGCCACUAGGAGCCAUGACAAUUAAGAGCAUGCACAUCAAAAAGUGCCAAGCAAAAUACCACACUUGUAUUGCUAAAUGAAGUGACAUUUUACUGCAACGUUAUACACGGACACUCACUGGCCACCUGAUUAGGUACCCUCGAUAAAGCUCAGGCAUAACAGAUAAUUUUACGACGCUAUGAGGAAAAAAUUGCACUGCGUCACACUUAUGCUUUUCUUACUAAACAAGGUAACCAAAAUAUCUACAAAUAGUUGACUGCAAACUUUCAAAUGAACACGUUUGAGCAACUCUUUUAGCUUUAUUAUCUUUUUAAAUCAAAUGCAUAGCUACAGACCUAAUUCGAUUGUAGUAACUGAAUGUACAAGAGCAUAAUAGUGCUCUUUAAUUUCAUAAUGCAACCAUGAGUUUUGAGCUAAUCCAGCCACGUUACGCACAAGCAACAGCAGCUGGCACUGUAAAAACCAAAAUUGUAGGCUAAUAAUUUAUUUUUGCAUGCACAAGGAGAUAAAUGACAUUCAACCAGGAGUGUAUAUUUCUAUAUCUGCUAUUUUUUAAAAUUCAAAAGGUCUACAUAUAUUUAACUACUGUUGAGUUAAUUGCUCAGGCACAUUGUGUAAUUUUGUAAUUAUGUGUAAUCGCACACACAACAUUUUUAACACCGCAUAUCCUGCUAAAGGUCGCAAAGCCUAACCCGGGGGUCAGCAACUUGGGUUCUUAGGGGCUCCUAUCCAGCCUGUUUUAGGUGCAGCCCUACUAGGACACACCUGAUUCAAAUGACCGGACUUGGUGACCUCUGACCUAACCCAACAUCAGACCUCCCUGACCUGAACUGGUCGAACAACCAGCCGCACUGAGUGGGAAUUGAUCCCUCGCUGCCCGCACACAAGUCAGGCGAGAUGUUGACUGAAAUAAAAAAUAAACUCAAUUAAUUGUAGAGAUCAUAUUGUGAAAUGAGACAUUUUUAAAGGGAGAGGAGUAUGAAUGAAGUGAGAGCAUGUCUGCUAUUGUAGUUAGUCUUGAUUUGUGUUGAUGCUGUCGAUUUAGAUACAUUUUAAGAUAUAAAAAAAAAAAAUCCAAAUGUAAUGACACUUACCUAAAAGCAGAGCAACAUGAAUAUCAACCGACUGAUGGGUUUGAAAGUUAAUUUGGUAACAAGCUCUUGUGAGGAUGACAACAUUCUGUUGUCGCUUGUUUAUUGAGGUGAAAUCCUUUGCAGAAUGGCAUUACGUUUUUCGUAUAUCUACGAUGUUUAUGAUCACCUGUCCAUUUCAAUCUUAAAUGAUUUCGGGUUGUGUUAUUGUGGUAAUUGUUUUCUUUUUUAACACACACAGCACUAACAGCAUGCAUAUACUGUAUGUUCUCUUUGUGCUGAUUUAACAUUUUUCUUAUUUUCAAUGGAAAUAUUUAAUGUACGAUAUAGUUUUUCAAGUAUGAAAGCACAAAACAAAUAAAUUCAGAGCUAUUUUUUUUAAAAAGCUAUUUCCCCCCCCCCCCCAAGGUGUACUGCAUGUAAACAAACAAUAUUUUAUAUUUGAACAAAUUCCACAGUUUAUUUAUGGAUAAAUCUCUUAUCUUAGCUCUAGCCAUUUGAAUUCAUGCUAUUAAGGUAUUUUCACUGAUAAAUUGUGAACAACUCAAGGAAAUGAUUGUCCUUUCUUUACAAUAUAUUUGCCAAAACAACAACAAACUACCUACUGUUUGAAGAAAAUAGCCUUUAACUUUUAACACACAAAUGCUGCAAGGUCAGUGAAUACAAUAUGUCAAACAAUUAUUAUUGUAGCUGAGGUUACAAUACAGUCGUCUCUGGAAAUGACAAAGUUUAUGAAUGAGGGUUGAGACUUAGCUUUACAUUGAUGCUGUAUAUAAAUGUAAACAUUUUAUAUUUGUGAGCCCUUCUGCAUUAAAGUGUAAAUAGCCGGUUUUAGUUUGACAAUAAAAUAAUGGUAAAUGUUUUAUUCCAUCA